AUGCGAGUCGGUGACGACGAGGACGAUUCAACCCCCUCUUGUGGCACACACACGCAGCAGCAGCAGCAGCUGCUGCCGGGGACGGUCUACUCUGGUUUUGGAUUCGUCACAUUUCAGAGCGAAGACGUGGUGGAUAAAGUUUGCGAAAUUCACUUCCACGAAAUCAAUAACAAAAUGGUCGAAUGCAAAAAAGCCCAGCCCAAAGAAGUGAUGCUUCCAGCGAACCUGGCGAAAACGCGCACCGCUGGACGUGGGACAUACGGUGAGUUGGUAGUAUAUAGUGGUGCCGGUCCGUCCGCUGCCGGGACCACCAGUGCCCUAUCCGCCGGAGCCGUGUCCGGCCUCGGACCGGGUCCCUCUAGUGCUCCAGCCGUCGCCGCACACGGAGCAGCCUCGUUACGCUAUGCUCCUUACCCAUUGCCCGCUACGAUCACGAGUCAGCAUGCGGCAGCCGCUGCUGCUGCUGCUGCUGCCGCCGCCGCAGCCACCGCAGGUCACACAACCACCCACAUUUUGCCCCUCUCCGCUACCGCCGGUUCCCCGUCGAUCAUUCAGUACGCUCACGCCAGCCCGUCCCUGCUGGAUUUGACCUACAAAAGGCUGUUCGCGGCCAAUGCCGCGGCAGCCGGUCUCAGACCACAUCAUGCCAUGGUGCACAACCAACCGCGGGCCACGGCUACCCUGACCUACCCGAUCGGGGAUUUGCUAAGUGCCCAGGGUUUGGAUCUGUCCGCUCUCUAUCCGCUGCAGGCAGCGGCACUCGGUUUUCCCGCCGCCGCAUACGCUGCAUACGCAGCCGGCCGUGGCUUCUCCGGCUAUCCGAGCUUCGGACUACCGUACCCCACAGGUAACCUAAAUCUGGCCACACUACACGCCCACCUGGCGGCGGCGGCUAGCGUCAGUGGAGCUGCAGCGGCCGCCGCUGCCUCUACCGGUGGACACCACCACCACCAUCACACUAAUUCCUCGACUGUGGCCGCCACUGCAGCGGCAGCCGCAGCAUCCCACCACCAUCACCAACACCCGUCGACGGCGGCAGCGGCAGCAGCAGCUGCAGCUGCCGCCGCCCUACACCAUCACCAUCCCCUGUUGUCCACCUGUCAUCCUUUGCACCACCAUCACCAUCAUCAUCACCCGUUCGAACAUUUGGGUCUAUUCUCGCACCACCAUGCCACACCCGGGGGUCACACGACGAUGCAUUUGUGA